AUGGUUUCUGCCAAGAAGGUGCCCGCGAUCGCGAUGUCCGCCUUGGUCAGUUUCGCCCUCCUGCACUUGCUGUGCCUGGCGGCUUGUUUAAACGAAUCCCCAGGACAGAACCAAAAGGAAGAGAAAUUAUGCCCGGAAAAUUUUACCCGCAUUCUGGACAGUUUACUCGAUGGUUAUGACAACAGGCUGCGCCCUGGAUUUGGGGGUCCUGUUACAGAAGUCAAAACUGACAUAUAUGUUACCAGCUUUGGACCUGUUUCUGAUGUUGAAAUGGAAUACACAAUGGAUGUCUUCUUCAGGCAGACAUGGAUUGACAAAAGACUAAAAUAUGAUGGUCCCAUUGAAAUUUUGAGGUUGAACAAUAUGAUGGUAACAAAAGUGUGGACCCCUGAUACUUUCUUCAGAAAUGGAAAGAAAUCUGUCUCACAUAAUAUGACAGCUCCAAAUAAGCUUUUUAGAAUUAUGAGAAAUGGCACUAUUUUAUACACUAUGAGACUCACCAUAAGUGCGGAGUGUCCCAUGAGAUUGGUGAAUUUCCCCAUGGAUGGUCAUGCAUGUCCUUUGAAAUUUGGGAGUUAUGCAUAUCCGAAGAGUGAGAUGAUCUAUACUUGGACAAAAGGUCCUGAGAAAUCAGUAGAAGUUCCAAAGGAGUCUUCCAGCUUAGUUCAGUAUGACUUGAUUGGACAAACAGUAUCGAGUGAAACUAUCAAAUCAAUUACGGGUGAAUAUAUUGUGAUGACGGUUUAUUUCCACCUCAGACGGAAGAUGGGUUACUUUAUGAUUCAGACAUACAUCCCAUGCAUUAUGACAGUCAUACUUUCUCAAGUUUCAUUCUGGAUAAAUAAGGAAUCAGUUCCAGCUAGGACUGUAUUUGGAAUAACCACAGUCCUCACCAUGACCACAUUGAGCAUCAGUGCAAGACAUUCUUUGCCCAAAGUGUCCUAUGCUACUGCCAUGGAUUGGUUCAUAGCUGUUUGCUUUGCUUUUGUAUUUUCGGCCCUCAUUGAGUUUGCUGCUGUCAACUAUUUUACCAAUAUUCAAAUGGAAAAGGCCAAAAGGAAGACAUCAAAACCCCUCCAGGAAGUUCCAGCUGUUCCAGUGCUGAGAGGAAGGCAUCCAGAAGCACCUCUGCAGAGCACGGAUGCUAAUUUGAACAUGAGAAAAAGAACAAAUGCUUUGGUUCACUCUGAAUCUGAUGUUGGUAACAGAACUGAGGUGGGAAACCACCCGAGCAGAUCUUCCACCGUUGUCCAGGGAUCUUCUGAAAGCACAUCGAAGUCUUACUUAGCUUCCAGUCCAAAUCCAUUCAGCAGUGCAAAUGCAGCUGAAACUAUAUCUGCGGCAAGAGCUCAUCCGCCCACCCCUCCUUCCACUCUUGCUGGAACUGGACAUGCACCCCAGCAAGCAUCAGUUGGAUCUGCUUCUUCUCACCACGUGUUUGGAUCAAGACUGGAGCGGAUUAAGACCACAGUAAAUAGCAUAGGGGGUUCAGGAAAGUUAUCAGCCACUACUCCUCCCUCUGCUCCACCACCUUCUGGCUCUGGCACAAGUAAAAUAGACAAAUAUGCCCGUAUUCUCUUUCCAGUCACAUUUGGGGCAUUUAACAUGGUUUAUUGGGUUGUUUACUUAUCUAAAGACACUAUGGAGAAAUCAGAAAGUCUAAUGUAG